UCUUGUGAUGCAACUGCUUGGGAAGCUAUGCCAAGGAACUCAUGCAUGAAAAACUUAAGCUGCUGCCUAUCUUCCGAUCUAGGGUCUUCCAAAACAAUGUUGCCAUGGCUGUUUUGAAUAGUGCCGCUUCGUGCUUCUCGAGUCCAUCGCUUCAAAAUAUAGUGGCUUGGAAGAUACUUAAUAUUCAUGACAUCAAGGGCUUUCAAAGCAUGACUACACAAUAUACCAACUCUUUCAAAUUGACCACAACUACAUAGAACUUUUUGCUCUUCAUCAACCAGAACUUUGCAUUCUUCCUCAUAAGAGCAUUCCGGGUCAAGAUUGGCAAUUGCAACAGUAUAUACACUGUGUUCCUCCGAUGGCUUGAUGUACGCUGAGAUGGAUCUUUCAUAUUCAUUCUGAAAAUCUUCAAAUAUGUGAGGUGUGUAAACUUUGCUUGCUUGUAUUACUGUAGGAGUUCUUAUUCUAACUCUAGGUAAUUUUUUCCUAGACUCAUAUUCUUCAUUUACCUCUUUAUCUCUCUUUCCUUUCACAACCCUCUCUACGUGCUUGAAAAAACAAAGAAUGUCAAGAUCAGACUUCAAAUGGUCUUUCAAGUCACUAUUCAAGCUCUCACUUAAUUGUGUGCUUCUCAUGCCUAUAGUUGAAAGCUUCUUCAAAGUCUUCCUCUUCCUCAUACUUGUACAUGCAAGCACUGAAAUCAGCAAGUACAUUUGGGCCAUCCUCGUAUUUUUUCUUAUGAGGAAAGUGUUGAACAACCAUGUGAAGGAUUCAAAUGUCUCGUCGUAUAGAAGUGUAGCACCAAAAAUGACCAUUUCUCUAAAAUGGUUCAAGCCAACAAAUACACCAAAGGGUAUGUACUCUUUAUUUGUCCCAAAUGUAGUAUCAAACGUAACAACAUCACCGAAGUGAGCAUAGUCAGUGAUCCUCUUCGCAUCAGCCCAGAAGAUAUUUGCUAUUUGUUCAUUGCAGUCGUGUUGUACGUCAUAUUCAAAUGCAGGAUUC